AGGAUCCCUGCAUCCUGCCAGCUUUAGACCAGUCAAACGACAACCCAAACGACAGGGGUCUCGAGAAUAUCGUUCAGUGUCUGGGAUAUCGACGCCGUUUUCAACUCCGUCUCCUUUUGCAAACCGCUUUUCUCUGCUUCUGUGAGACUAACAAGAAUCGGAUAACUCAGUAAUGACAAUAUGAACCCCAAUUCUACUCAGGCUAAGAACAAGGGACCCAAGGCCUGUACAACAUGCGCUAAAGCUAAGGCAAGGUGCGUCCCUGGGCCUCUGGGGAGCCUCAAAUGCGACAGGUAAGUUACGAUAAUUGGUUCUUUUGAGGAUGGUGUUAUUCAUGGCUUGUUCUGGUUGCUUUUGUCCCAAACUCUUCUCUUUGAAUGCAUACACACAUGUAAGUUUGCGGUUAGGUACAGCUGCUGACAUCAGAGUCUCAACUUUCAAGGUGCCAUCGACUAAACAAGCCAUGUGUUAACCAAACUCCGGCUCCGGCCCGGCCCCGUAGAAGCCCAAAGCUAUCUAAGAUAGCUGCUUUGGAGAAACGCCUUGAAGAGCUGUCCUCGCACGUAAGGCGUGAGUCUUCAGAAGAGGAGGACUCCUCGCCUCCACCUUCGACGAGUGAGAAACGCUCAGAGCUGUUGACCAAAUCUGAUGCCUGGGGUUUCAAUCACUUGUUUCCCUUAAAACCGGGAAUUGAAAAUAACCCCCGUCAACAUCCUCCACCGUCAGCUCCGGACAAGACACGGCCAUGGGACUCCUGGUGGCCCACGCCCCGUGAAGCGGAGCUACUUCUCAACGGCUAUAGGACAAUCCACUCAUGUCUAUUUCCGUUUGUGUGUGUUCCUGGGCAUAUGACAGCCCUGGAGCUGCGUGAGCAUCGUCCAUUCCUGUGGAAGGCUGUCAUGAUGGUAGGGUUGUUUCUUGAUGGAGCUAGACAGGUUAAGCUUGGCCAAGAGUUACUAGCUGAGAUUGGACGAGCAGCUGUCGUAGAUGGCCUGAACAGCUUGGAUCUACUCCAGAGCUUGCAAAUGCUGGUGGCAUGGUUUCACUAUGCGUUGAAGGGCUCUCAAGUGACGAAUCUGCUGUUCCUUGCUAGAGCUAUAUGCGUAAAUUUGAGGUUCACGGAAGAUACGAGUCUUCAAGGAGAAGAAUCUGAUCGCAAUCUUGAUCAUAUGAGAGUUUACGCUGGCACUUAUUACCUUAACACUUUAGUGUUCACAGCGAACAAGCGGCCUGAUGUCCUUAUGAAUACCAGCCAUCUGGAAAUGUGCUGCAGAGUUCUUGAGAGAACUAUGCAGCACCCCUCUGAUGAGUACUUGAUAAAGCUGGUGCGCAUUCAGCAGCUGGCACAGUCCAUAUCUGUCACCAUGUCAGCGGAGAACCUAACUCAGACCGCCAGCAAACUACCAUUGACAGUGGUAGUGCAAUCGUUUGAGGAACAGUUGCAGCUGUACAAAGACAAUCUUGGCCCACGGUUCGCUGAUAACGGUAUUUAUGUCACCCCAUUCCGAUCGUCUAGCGCUCACCAUGGUUUAGAUAAUCUCAAGACCCAUGUCAACGUAGCCGAGGUGCUCCUCUAUGAGAUCGCCGUCUCGGACCAACACUCUGCAGCAUCCUAUCUUCCUCUAACUGACCGACUCCAACUUCUUUGGGCUUGUGUUCGAUCUCUAAAGACCUUUUUCGAUAUCCGGUUCGAUCAUCGAGAAAUGGAACGCCCGCGUUUCCUGUGUAUGAGCGCGUCUGAACUUGUGUACACCAUCAUUGUUGGCAUCAAGGUCGUAACACUUCAGUUACCCGGGUGGAACCUCGCCCAAAUACACGCAGAGCUUGACAUGGUCGAGGUGAUGAGCCAGCAAGCCCAGGAUCUGGACAUCAUCGUGGGGCGCCGCAAACACGGCAACAUGCUAGGUACACCGACGCCCGGGGGAACGACAGCAGCUACACCCGCGCCUCCACCAGAUCCUUUCGAGAGACUUGUGAAGCAGCUGAAGUCAGUGAGAGACUUGGUCAAGGCUGAGAGACAGCGUCUGCUUACGGGAUCUGGCAACGCUGAUCUCGUAGACUUCAGUCAAGACUUCUUGAUGGAUGAUUCAGGAACGGACUUUUGGCAAGCGGCGGCUACGAGAGGUUAUAAUGUAUGGAACAUCAUUGGUGACCCUGGUGUCUUAAAUGAGUCGACUUGACGCCUUACGAAGUCGGUGAAGAAGGUUGUAUUAACAUCUUAGCAUUAGCCCGUUGUGUUACUCAGCAAUGCUCUUUUUCUGUUACAUGAUAUAGAGUAAGCUUGUUCAAGAUAGCUGAAGUUUUCUUUGUUGUCUAUUCAGCAAUUUUCGAUCCUUGUCUGCCGAGCUUCAUUCACCUGGAAUGACAUCGAUAUCAACUUCAACUGCCUUGACCUUGGCCAUAUUCAGCCACCGCAGGUCACCCUUGGCAGUCGAUUUUCGGAUAUUGUACAGCUCAUCAAGGAAUGUCGGCACAAAUGAGCCCGGUCCACGGACUUCGUUCCUCUCAGCGGCGAGCUCAGCAGCGAGUCCAAACAUGACAGUUGCAGCGACAGCAGCGAGAAGAGGGUCAGCGCCGUACGCAGCAACCAUGGCGCUGACUGUUGUGCCAAGAGUGCACCCAGUGCCUGUGACUUCGCCAAGAUAGGGAUGGCCAUUGCUGAUGGCUAGAGUACGAGUUCCGUCACUUACGAGGUCAGUAGCGCCUGUGAGUAUGACGACGGUGUGCCGGUGCAAGGCGAUGGAGCGUACAAGGGAUGCCUUUUGGGGAAAAGCGAGGGAAGAGGUUGAGUCAACGCCCCGUUGCGUAAUCGUGGCGCCCGCUACAGUCUGAAUCUCGCCCUCAUUGCCCUUGAUGAUGGUGAAAUGUCCAGCAUCGAGAAGAGUCUUGACAGCAUUGCGACGAACAGUGGUAGCACCAGCGCUGAAAACAUGAGUAAAGUUGAUUAAUUGAUGGGAUUUUUGGAGGCUUACCCGACAGGGUCAAGGACUAUAGGUCUGUCCGCUUCAUUGUAGGCCUUGAUGGCUUGGAGAUAGUUCUGAAGUCCAUCGGGAGUGACGGUGCCCAUAUUGACCACAAGAGCACCUCCAAGUUUGGCAAGGUCAGCAGCUUCUUGGGCGUAGUUGGCCAUGAUGGGGCUUGCCCCAACACAAAGAGCCACGUUGGCGGCAAAGUUUUGAACAACCUGGUAUUCCAGCAUGAGAAUUUAACAUGGUCGUCACAUGAACCGAGCUGUACUCACCAAGUUGGUCAUAUUGUGAGAAAGGGGCGUCUUGUCGGCUACGGCCCUGAUAACUUCGGGGAUUUUGGCAACGAUGACUUUACCGAGGAGAUCACGAGCGGCGGUAGCUGGCUCAGGAGCAGCGAUGAGAGCGCUCACUACAGCAACGCCAUCGAGAGACUUGGAGGGGGACCCGGCUGCAGCGAGAACAGGGGCAGUGUUGCUGGCGUUGAUGCCGCCUAUACAAACCGUGGGGACGGAGCCAUAUCCGGCAUCAUGUAGAGCUGAGAGGAUAUCGCGGACUCCUGAGGGACCUAUGAUAGAUUUUGUGUCCUUUUUGCUGAUCGUGUGUCAGGGGCUGAUGUGAGUCACACACGAUGCUUGUAUAUCACUCACGUCUGAGUUGAGUAGACAGUUCCGAUACCGAGGUAGUCAGCACCGGCCUCACAAGCCUUGAGAGCUUCUUCUUUCGAACUUGCGGUUACGCCAAUGAUUUUGUUGGGGCCAAGAAGCUUUCUUGCUUCUUCAUAUGCUGUACCAAAUGAUCAGAUCAUGUCUUGAUGGUUAGGUAGUGAGAGAUAUCAACAUACCCAUAUCAUCCUGUCCAAUAUGCACGCCCUCGCAGUCUAUCUCAGCGGCAAUGUCCACACGAUCAUUGAUGAGAAGGGGGACAUUGUAACGACGGGCAAUGGCGUGUAGCUUCUUGGCUGUGUCUACAGCGACUGGGCGCUCGCUGUGCUUGUCUCGAUAUUGAAGGAUAGUAACACCGCCUCGCAAAGAAGCCUCAACUACCUCUUCAAGGCUACGAUCGCCAAGAAUCUCUGGCGUUGAGUCUGUGACCAAGUAUAGGCCGUAGUUGACUGUGGGCUUGGCCAUGGUUGAUGGUGAUGAAAUCAGGUGGACGACUUUGGCGGGGUUAGUUAGUGUCUGGUAAUUGAUGAGAUGGGAGUGGAGACUCGCACAGAAUCAACUCUUUUGGCUUAUGCUUCCAUUGUCAUUUGCCAAUUAGAGUCGUUUUCGCGAAAAGGAAAGAUAUUUGGAAGGGUGGAGUGAGCGAUAUUACAAGUGAUGAGGCAAAAGUUGUGGUGAGGUGAUUGAUGAGUUACGAUGACAUAGGGUAGGGGGAUGAAUUGUACAGCACCCCACUCCGUUUGUGAUUAGCACCUAGGUAUGUAAAUUAUAGAUAAUAAAAACUAGUUGGGGGGUAUUUUCUUGAAUCUCUCCAAUGGCUCGAAGGUUUUCUAACAAUCGACUAGAACCACGCAUCUACUUGGGAUGUUGAGUAACCUCAAGACCUCACUUUUAUUGCUGCAAAGGGAAUUGUCUCAGCUACCCAGCCAUCCAUCCAAUGAUGACGUUAGAACCUCGAGAUAUCUCGGCCAAAAAUCCAUGUAACCAACCAAUAAAAUGGAAUCAUGAGCUUAUUCUUUAGACUCAUGCUCUUGGUCAAAUACGCCGUCCUCCACAGAAUCCACGCCGCUCGGCCUUUGAGCUCAUCAGUACCCUUCUGAUGAAUAGCCCUCCAACCUCCAAGAUACGCCAUUGUACCCCAGUUGCGGAAGUGAAACGGAGCAGUUGGAGGCCCCUGAGAAGACGUCCCAGCGUUGAAUCUCUUGCCGAGAUAUGUAGCCUGUUGACUUGCUACUUGUGCAGUGGCGGGAAGUGAUUCGCCUUGGAUAUUGGCGCAGUCACCAAUUGCGUAGACGUCCGGGAGGGUCUUUGUGAUUUGUUUGCCGUUGGAGUCUUGGGCUUCGACCUGGACUCGAAGGUGAGAAUCGACAGCGAAGCCGCCUGUUUUGCAGUUCUUUGCGAUCUUUCCCAUGCCCUCCACCUCUCGCCCGACUAACUUGCCAACCAGAGGGUUCUGCAUGAGACCCGUGCUCCAGACGACAACGCCUGCUGCGACUUCUUCAGGCUCCUCCUUGAUACGCAUGAGGAGGACAUCGUCGUCUCGUCGAAUGCCCUGGAGGUGAUGCUCGGUCUUGACUUUGAUGCCUGCACGGCUGAAGAUGCUUGUGGCGUAUGCGGCCAGAUUGCGAUCAAACAUAGGGAGAACCUUUGGUGCAAUGUCAUAGAUGGUGAUGGCAACGUGAGGCAUCAGUUCGGGAUACAGCUUGGCCAAGUCCUCGUGUAUGAGAUCGUGAAGCUCAGCUGCGUAUUCGAUACCUGUAGGACCGCCACCAACAACAGCAAAAUGAAGUAAUCGUUUCCUCUGAGCCGCGCUUGUGCUAGGCAGAGAAGCCUGCUCGAACUUCUGCAGCACUUUAAGACGUACUGUCCGAGCAUCUGUAGCAUCUCUCAGAAAACACGCAUGCUCCUUGACACCCUCCACACCAAAAGUCUGACUGUAGCACCCAACAGCCACUACAAGCUUAUCAUACGGGACCUGGAACUCGAGGCCCUUUAACAGAUCCUUGCCCGAGCGAGCCGUGACUCCAUCACGUUGGUUAGCUUCAACUGUGAUGGUCUUGUUGGCGAAGUCAAUAUCAGAAGCCCAAGCCUGAUGGAACUCUGUAAGAUCGAGUUUACGGCAGGGUUCGACAGCAGCUCGGAACUCGAGAGUGCCAACGGCGGUUGAGGCGAUGAGUGGAGUGAAGACGAAGUGAGAGCGAGGAGAGAUGAGAAUCCGAGAGGCUUGAGAGGGAGAUAUUGUCUUUGCGAGAGCGUAUCCAGCCCAGCCUGAGCCUAGAACGACGAUGCGCUCUUUUGGUCCUGAGAGAAAGCUCAUGUUAGUUAGUGUGGUGACAGGAGAUGAGGUGCUCUGAGGCCAUUCAAGUCUCUCAAGGCGCAGAGGCAAAAGCACAAGCCAAUUGACCCGCAUAACAAGUCGCCGCACUCACCUUCUUGAGUCACUGUACUGGCCAGUCUCUUGCAAGUGACUCUUCCCAACUUCACCAACAAGCGCUGUUCUGUCCCCCUACGGCCCAGACCAAGUCCGAUCAUGGCGUAUCUCCUAAUUUCGCGUGACUAGAAAGCCCGUAGUAUCACGAAGACGCCAGCCAAUGAGUUCUUGACGAUAGAGAUUUGUAAACAGUGUAAAGAACAGAAUAUCUAAACCGUGGGUAUGCGGUGCCGCAAGUCUCGCCGUGUAAGUGGGUGUUUUGGCAGGGUCGUUUCUCUAGCUGCCUCCGCUAGAAUGAGAAGAACCGAGAUAGAGGGAUGAUGGGUGAGUAUUCAACAAAUGUUGACUGGGAUUUAGUGAAUGUAUUACAAAAGCCGUAACUAAGCGGGCGUUGGUGCUCUUUAAGUAGC